GGGAGCCGGUUUUUAGGGACGCAGAGAGGAUUUGUUUAGAGAUGGAUUUUAGCGCAAGGGAAAGAACGUGAUUCGUUCUGCGGGGAUGGGGGAGCAAACGCGUGUGGCCAGGGAGGAGCGAGGCACAGCCGUUCCUUCCGCAGACGGGUGUUCCUAUCUCUGCCGUCCCGGGUUUGGCAGGGCUGGGGAAACGCGACCCUUGAACAGCGAUCGCAGAUGCAAACUAGGUCCUUUUCAAGGGCAUAACCUUCAAUAGCAGAACAAAUCAGUCCUGCUAGCAAGCUACCCAGUCCUGUGGGCUCCUUGUCAAGGAAAACAGCUGGCCCCAUUUCUAAUCAACAUCUCCCCACAAAACUCUGCUGGGUCACUGAAGGAGACCAGACCAGAAUUUGGAACUUUCCAAAGACUUCCCAUAGAUAUUGAACGUGAAAAGGUACUUACAUUGUCUUUGCGUCAGUCUGCUCUGUUUGGGAGCCAAGGGGGAGAAUCACCCAAGAAGUCACACAGACAGAUUCUACCUUUAACGCCUCUGUACAUAGAAUGGAUGAUGGUUAUCGAAAUAACCCAAACCUCUACCACGGUGCAAGAGAUAUAGCUCGAGAGGCGACCCGGCAGUCCCGGACCCAAGGGAUGGAUGACUACAAGUAUCAGGACAGCUAUGAGGGGUAUGCCGCCAGUGACGGCUAUUACCGUGGCAACGAGUCCAACCCAGAGGAGGACGCACAGAGUGAUGUUACAGAAGGCCAUGAUGAGGACGAUGAGAUCUAUGAGGGCGAGUACCAGGGCAUCCCUCACCCAGAUGAUGUCAAGGCCAAGCAAGCCAAGAUGGCGCCCUCCAGGGCAGAUGGCCUUCGGGGCCAGGCUGACCUGAUGGCGGAGAGGAUGGAGGAUGAGGAGCAGUUGGCCCACCAGUACGAGAACAUCAUUGAUGAGUGCGGCCAUGGGCGUUUCCAGUGGAUCCUUUUUUUCGUCUUGGGUUUGGCCCUCAUGGCUGAUGGAGUGGAGGUGUUCGUGGUGAGUUUUGCCCUGCCCAGUGCAGAGAAGGACAUGUGUCUGUCCAGUUCCAAAAAAGGAAUGCUUGGGCUGAUAGUCUACCUAGGAAUGAUGGCCGGGGCCUUCGUCCUGGGGGGCCUGGCUGAUAAGCUGGGGAGGAAGAGAGUCCUCAGCAUGUCUCUGGCCCUCAACGCCUCCUUCGCCUCUCUUUCCUCCUUCGUGCAGGGAUACGGAGCCUUCCUCUUCUGCCGACUCCUCUCAGGCAUAGGGAUUGGGGGUGCCCUGCCCAUUGUUUUUGCCUAUUUUUCUGAAUUCUUAUCUCGGGAGAAGCGAGGAGAACACCUUAGUUGGCUGGGCAUCUUCUGGAUGACGGGGGGGAUCUACGCGUCUGCCAUGGCCUGGACCAUCAUUCCACACUAUGGCUGGGGCUUCAGCAUGGGCACCAAUUACCACUACCACAGCUGGAGAGUGUUUGUCAUCGUCUGUGCGCUGCCCUGCACCGUGUCCCUGGUGGCUCUGAAGUUCAUGCCAGAGAGCCCGAGGUUCCUGCUGGAGAUGGGCAAACAUGAUGAAGCCUGGAUGAUUCUCAAGCGUGUCCAUGACACCAACAUGAGGGCAAAGGGGACCCCCGAGAAGGUGUUCACGGUUUCCCAUAUCAAAACUCCCAAGCAAAUGGAUGAAUUCAUUGAGAUCCAAAGUUCAACAGGAACUUGGUACCAGCGCUGGCUGGUCAGGCUCAGCACCACUUUUAAGCAGGUCUGGGAUAAUGCCCUCUACUGUGUGAUGGGGCCCUACAGGAUGAACACGCUGAUUCUGGCUGUGGUCUGGUUCACCAUGGCUUUAAGCUACUACGGACUGACAGUUUGGUUCCCUGAUAUGAUCCGGUAUUUUCAAGAUGAAGCCUACAAGUCCAAAAUGAAGGUGUUUCUCGGUGAGCACGUGUAUGGUGCCUCCAUCAACUUCACGAUGGAGAAUCAGAUUCACCAACGUGGGAAACUCGUGAAUGACAAGUUCACAAAGAUGUACUUUAAACAUGUACUCUUCGAGGACACAUUCUUUGACGAGUGCUAUUUUGAAGAUGUUACAUCUACCGAUACCUAUUUCAAAAACUGCACCAUUGAAUCGACCGUCUUCUACAACACAGACCUAUACAAGCAUAAGUUCAUCAACUGCCGGUUUAUCAACACCACCUUUCUGGCGCCGAAGGAGGGCUGCCACAUGGACUUUGAGCAGGAUAAUGACUUCCUGAUUUACCUCGUCAGCUUCCUUGGCAGUCUGUCUGUCCUGCCUGGCAACAUCAUUUCUGCCCUGCUCAUGGAUAGAGUGGGAAGGCUCAAGAUGAUCGGUGGCUCUAUGCUGAUCUCAGCAGUCUGCUGCUUCUUCCUGUUUUUUGGCAACAGCGAGUCUGCGAUGAUUGGCUGGCAGUGCCUGUUCUGUGGGACCAGCAUUGCCGCGUGGAAUGCUCUGGAUGUGAUCACGGUGGAGCUGUAUCCCACCAAUCAGAGGGCGACAGCCUUUGGCAUCCUUAAUGGAUUAUGCAAAUUUGGUGCCAUCCUGGGAAACACCAUCUUUUCUUCUUUUGUUGGGAUAACCAAAGUGGUCCCCAUUCUUCUGGCUGCUGCAUCUCUUGUUGGGGGUGGCCUGAUUGCUCUUCGGCUGCCAGAGACCCGAGAACAGGUCCUGAUGUGAACAACCUCUGGGGAAAGAAGAUGUUGGAAGACCCUUAUCCAGGAACCUUGAAUGCACCCAUGCUUCCUGUCUAUCACUGUCCAGAGGACACUGUCCAGAGGACACAGGAGGAGAAGUUGUGACUCCUAGUUUAGGACCCAUCAAUAUGUUUGUAACUCAGGUGACUGAUUUGGGGGUGUCCUGAAUCACCUUUAGAAUCCCAGAGCUGUGUUCUUGGCUUUGGGUCUCCCCAGCCCAAAGCAGGGGAAGAAGGAUCACAACUUCUAGUGGGUGCACACGCUGAGCAAGGAGUGUGUAUUCCCCCUACCUAGGUGAAAGGACUUAUUUGCAUUUCAAAAUGAAUUUGAGGGUGAGAAACAUUUAAGUUCCUCCCCCAUUUAUGGAGUUCCUCAGAGCCUGGUGACCUAACAAACUGACUCGCCAAGAAGUUAGAGUCAAAAUAUUGGGCUUGAACUACAGGAUACUUAUAUUUUUGCAUUUAACGGUAUCACUGAGCCUAUGUUCCAUUUGAAAAUUGGCACAAUAGCAUUGAAGAUACUCUAAUAUAGAAAACCAAAUAUUUGAGCAAUAUCUAUAGAAAUCUGCUCUGCCCUCAACCAAGUGUCCUAAGUUUUCCAUGACAAUUAGGUGGUAAAUUUAAGGAUGCUAUUUAUUCCUGUUUUGAUCUAUUUAAAGAAACAUAAUGUGAUAGAUAUUCUGUAAACUAACUUUGUACAUAACUAUAUCUGGGUUUAAUUUGCAGAAAUGGUACCUGCAAAUAUUUGCCAGUGUUUUAGCCAUAUUUUGGGAGGAGCUGCUGUUUGGGGUCCCAGGAAAUUGGGUCUGAUUGAAUGAAAUGCAAGCACAAUAUCUUAUAGCCAUUUAACUUGCUGUCAGGAGGAUGCACUUUGCAAACUCACAUUGUACAGUUCUUUUAACCCAGGCACUUUUCUUCGUGUAGGUGGAGUAGUUACUUUUCUCUCUUACACAGAUCACUUGUGAAUCAAGCUCAACACCGUGGGUACAGGCUUUAGAUGUUGCUGCUCCCCCAGAAACAACAGAAGGAUUCCGGGUCUCUGGGGGUUCUCUUUAUAGGCAAGAAUAAAACACAAUGGAAAGAUGAGUGAUUGAGGAAGGAAUGGGGAAAGUGUAGCCACAGUUCUUCAAAGUGUACAUUCUUUCUAUUUCUUUUAGCUGUGAAACGUGAUCUGUAUUUGUUAUCUUGGUCAGUUCCAAUGAGAAGUCUAUGCUAUGUGUCUUGGUUCAGGACCUUUGAAAACAGAUGUCAUUGGCAUGGAAAUUAGGGCAUGUACUGGAUGUCGAGUAUGUUUCUCUUCAGUGCUCCAAGUAAAUUCUUUUCUGAGAUGUUUGGAACAUUAGUGGGGGUGGGUGCUGUGGGGUGGGGAACCCAGGAAAAGUGCUUCGGGAAGGGUCAGCAACAGGCUGAAGUCUUGACAGCACAGAAAAGGAAGGUUUCAUGCACUGGAACGAUCUAGAAUGGAAGGACAGUGGGCUCUGAGCUCUUGUCCCUGAAGGUUGGACUGGCUGAGGCCAAGUGAGCAUCAGUUUGUAAGAACUCAUGCUUCGAGCUGGUUUGCAGUGUUCUCAGCGCUGUCAAGGGCCACACAUUCCCUACCCGACAUAUCCAAAAACUGACGCGAGAUAAUGAUGACCCCAUGGAGUAUUUUCUUGUCCUUGGGGAAACACUUUGGUCCCAGGACAGCUUCAGGCCCUCUUGUGGUUGUUUUCUGGAGUAACGGGUAUACAGGAAGAAAGAGUAAAUAUUACACCUUACCACCUCAGAUCUGAGAUCAGUUUUAAUGGUUAAAAUGUUGACUUUGCUUCUCUUGUCUCCUACCUCUUUAUUCACUUUUUUUCUUUACAGGGAAGGAAGACAUGUCAACUCUGAUUUGACACCCUGAUCCCCGUAAAUAUAUAAAUAUACUAUUGUGUAUUAACGUUUCUCUCAGUGUUUUAUAGGAGUUACAUAACAUAAAGGCUGCAUCAAUAAUGAGAAGCCCAAUGUAACACAGCUGUAACAGACUUUUCUGUAUUCUGGCCAUAUGAAAUACAGUGGCUUGGUUCGUUCAAGGGAAGUGUGUAAACAGAGAUGGCCACAUUCCUUGUAACGUUCUUUUUCAAUGGGAUGAUACCAUUUAAUGAGCAGCUACCAUGGAAGAAAUGUACAAAGCAGUUAGAGUCUGCAUUUGUAGUGAAGAGGAAUCUUGUAAAUCUCAUGUCCGAUUAAUUUUUGAGUGUUGAGGUGGCUGCCGUAAUUGGGGGGUCGAUUCCAUUUGGUUUUCAAGCUCUAACUUCUGUGUGACCUUUAUGGCUCCUUAAACCAACCACCUAACCAACCAAGGGCAGUUUCAGUCUCAUCCAUCAUAUCGGCCUUUGUUAAGGGUGCAGCCAGACUCUGCAGCCUUUCCCCGUCCGUGAAGGAUUGCCUGACGCUGGUAUACCUGGCCACUUCUUAAAUGCUGUCAUGCCUGCUGAGAUCAAUGUUUCUUUAAAAAUAGUCUCCGUGGCAAGUCGUUGGGGGAUAAUGUACAGCAUUCCUGGCCAGGCACUUCUUUUUCAUUUCAUGUUCUAUCCUGAGAGACUCCCGAUGGCAUCCUUGUGGCGUGGAAGGUUGAGGUUCUCCUUCGGGAGGCAAAGCUAUUCACAGUUCAUGAUGUAUUUUAUGAUGCCCAUUUGGGGAGCCGUUACUUUUAACAGCCUCAACUGUGUUGUAUCAUCUCUUGAUGCUAAUUUCUGACCUUCUGUUUUAUUGGACAUAAUUAGUGAAAGCGGUGUGCCUGUUUGUGAAGUUUAUAGCACAUGCACCUGAGGUCAUGUGACAAAUAACCACAUUCCCAGGGUCCCCCUGCUACCUUGUAUUAGCUCAGUAAAAGUAAUAAUAAAAAUAAUUAUAAACAAA